AGUAUCGUUGUGACAACCAAUUCCCUACUUUUUCUCUUAGUGUCCAAAGGAUAUAUCCACAGACAUGUUUGCCCGUCUUUGUAGGCACUUUGGGAGAGUUGAUGUUGAUAGAGAAGAGUCUAGAGUGAAGCAAAUGAAACCUAAAGAGGCCUGCAGACAGACAUCAUCCCCUGAAAAUGUCCUAAACAAGAUGCAGGCCAACGAGGAAGAGGAGAGGCUGAAUAGAGAACUGGAGCUAACUACCAAGGAGAGAAAUGAGCUGACAGAACGCCUCCUUUAUGUGACAGGUGGAUCCAUGAGCAAGAGCUCCUACUUCAGGCCAAAUCCAUUUUAUGAAAACUUGAAGAUAAAGGAGAAAGAGGUCAUGUCAUUACUGCACAACUUAGACACAAAGAACAUUGAACAUCGUGAGAAAUUUCAGGAGCUCAAGAAGGAGAUUAACUUCUAUCAGUAAGUACUGGUCAGAAGGGCCCAUCACUUGUGGAAUGGCCAUGUCUGCCUCUCUUUGUUAUGGACCGGAGGGUCUGCAGCUCUGGGCCCAUCUCUUCUGCUGUUUAAAUAUCACUGUGCCGUGGGUCUUUUGGACUCAGUUUCAGUUCCAUAAGAGACUGUGACUCAUCACCACAGUGUCUAUGCAUCUUUAGAAGGCUCUGGAUAGAACUACACUGAUUCAGGCAUCAGAGUGUUAUUAGGCCGACCUGGAUCUCUGGGGUCAUACCAGGUUUAACAAAGCUCAAUGUGUGGACCACAUGGUUAGCAUGAGCUCCCUUGGUUCUACUGUCCUCUUGUGGUUAUUUGCUGACUACUAAUUGAUGUUGCCCCGAUGCAUUGGGCUUUCAUGGAUAGUUGUAGUUCUUUUGGAGAGACAUGGACUCUUAUUUGUGCUUGGAUCACAGAAACAAUUUAUUCUUCCCUGGAUUGGCCGUUUGCUGUUUGUGCAGCAGUCUUACAUGUAUGGCGAUGUAUUCUAUGAAGUCUUUAUAGGUAUCUGGGUCCUGGUAGAGUUUGUGGGAUUUGGCAGUUGGAAUGGGAGGAAGAGGCUUCAGGAUCUUACUAUGCAGAGUGUGUUUCCAGCAACCUGCACAGCCGGCUCCUGAUGGACCAGGCAUGUAUGAAGAAGAAGUUGGUCACAUUGAAGCAGGAGUGCAAGGAGUUACAGCGAUAUUUGUUUGAGUUGAACCCGAAGGAUGAAGACGAACAGGAGAAGACCAGCAACCUCCAGACCCAGCAAAAUGUGGUAGGAACAAGCAGCUGAGUCAGAUUAACAAUGUCUGAUACCAUUUGCCUAUUGGAUACAUCUUUGCUUCCCCUAUCACCUUUCUAAUCUCCCCACACCCAGUCAGUCACCCACCUCAUGUGAUAGAGUUAUUCAUUGCUCUGUCUAUGCACAAGUAUUCUGGGAUGUUAACCACUCUUCAGAAACUGAAUUAUGGGCAAUUAUACUUCUCUGCCCUUUUUGAAACUGCAGUCCAGAAAUGGUGACAGAGGAAUAACAUAUCACAUGACUGCAUAUCCCUAUCACAGAUUGGAUGCUAUGAAGAGUUUUGAACGAGUUCUUGGUCGUGUGACAAAGGUCAUACAGGGGUCAUGUGAUGGUUGGAAGCACCUUGUAGGGAUAAGAACCAAGUGCAAAUGGCAAAUGAGUCCUGGUCAUUGGCUUUGAUCUGGGUAUCAUGUGGCCUUCUCCUUUCUUCCUGCACCCCAAUUAGGUCUCUCCCCAUUUCCCCAUUCUUGGUUUGCACUGGUAGAGUCUGAGGAGCAGCUUGUUCUCCCACAGUACUGUGAGGGUUGCUGGUGAUGUUCCCAGCCUGCAGAGAUAUCAGCAAUGAUUUCAGUGAAAAGAUCAGUGCUGUCUGUCCAAUGCAGCUGAGGGGACAGAAGGCAGCAACUUGACAGCUGGUAUGCAUGUCCCCACCAAAUCAGUGUCUUAAUAGCUGCCUUCUCCUCCCAGGUCUCAGGAACUGCAGGAGACAUGGCAUAGGACGGAUCCCAGGAAGACAGCCCCCUGAGGAAUGAGUUUCUCUCUCAGGAGUUCCCUGUGACGACAAUCCUCACAGUCAAAGACUUUUUGGGGGAAUAUUCUUCUUCUCAGAUAAUUUCCUCAAUGUAUAGAGACCCUACAUUUAUGUAUCCGUAUGCCAGCCUGUCUGGUUGAGGUCUUUCUCCUCUCUCAUACCGACAACACCAUUUGAGAGACAACUGAGGGGACUACCUUGGCAUCUCACGUCCUAGAGGAGAAACAGCACUACAACUGUGUUUCUAAAUGUUCAUUAAGAAAAUGCUGUUAAGAAAUGUUUUUGGUUAUGAUUUUCA